UUCUAAGUGAACCAGUUAUAGAGGGGGGGACCUACGUAGGCCUGGAGGGCUGAUGAAUUGCCGCUAGCAUCAGUCGAGACGCUCGCAUUUUUCUUAGUGACUUUGAAGCCGUCCUUGACAUGUCCAGAAGAGAAGAGAUAGCGAAAAGAGACGAGGAACUUCUUGCUCAACUUGGCUACAAGCAACAACUCAAGCGCGAGUUCACGCCACUGGAGGUCUUUGGAGUGGCAUUUAAUGUUAUAGGCCUGUUCCCGUCGUUUGCAUCUGUGCUUGUUUAUGCCAUACCAAAUGGGGGUCCCGCUGCCAUGGUAUGGGGAUGGGCAGUGGCAUCUAUUUUCAUUCUCUGUAUCGCAUCGUCCAUUGCAGAACUAGCUUCUGCUGCACCUACGGCAGGAGGGAUUUACUUUUGGACCCACACCUUCGCAUCGCCUCGUUGGCGAAACCUUCUCUGUUGGAUAGUCGGGUAUGCGAACACGAUUGGUUAUAUUGCUGUACUUGCCUCCGUUGAUUGGAGUUGUGCCAUCCAAAUCACUGCCGCUGCCAGCAUUGGCUCGGGGCAGACUUAUAUCGCUUCCAAUGCACAGAUCUAUGGUAUAUAUGUUGCCAUACUUCUUUCUCAUGCUUUGGUAUGCUGUCUGGCGACUUCAGUCCUAGCAAGAGUGCAGAGAAUCUACACCACCAUCAACGUCUGCCUUUGUCUUGCAGUUAUUAUUGGGCUUCCAAUAGCGACUCCACGGCAGUACAUGAACACGGCUAGUUUCGCCCUCGGAAGUUUCAAUAACCUGUAUGGCUGGCCUGAUGGAUUUGCAUUCAUCCUUUCAUUGCUCACACCGUUGUGGACAGUCUCUGCGUUCGACGCAAGCGUGCAUAUCAGUGAGGAAGCUUCAAAUGCUGCUACAGCUGUUCCCUGGGCCAUCGCUUGUUCCAACAUCAUCACUACUUCGUUGGGAUGGGCUAUUAACGUGACCCUUGCCUUCUGUAUGGGUACAGACAUCGGGUAUCUCCUUAGCAGCCCGAUCGGUCAGCCAAUGGCCCAGAUUUUUUUCAACAGCUUCGGGCAGAAGGGCACACUUGCGCUGUGGGCACUUGUGGUGAUCGCACAAUACAUGAUGGGAUCCAGUUGUCUUCUUGUAGCAUCCCGCCAAAUAUUCGCAUAUUCCCGUGAUCGUGCACUUCCCUUCUCUACCAUUCUGUCUCACGUGAACAAGUCUACAAGCACACCCGUAAAUGCUGUCUGGUUCGUCGUCAUCUCGGCGAUACUACUUGGCCUCCUCGCAUUCGCGGGCACGCAGGCCAUUGAUGCUAUCUUUCCGUUGGCAAUCAAUGCCAUCUAUAUUGCCUACUCCAUCACCGUCGCAGCGCGUUGGUUGGGAGAUAGCGACUUCAAGCGUGGACCAUUUCACCUAGGAAUUUUUAGCUUGCCGAUAUCGGUAACUGCAGUGUUGUUCAUGGCCUUCAUGAACGUCAUCUUCCUCUUCCCUACGAUGCCUAGCACAAGUGCCAGUACUAUGAACUACACUGUCGUUGUUCUCGGAGGUGUCCUUGGGCUAUCUCUUGUAUGGUAUUAUCUUCCUGUGUAUGGUGGCAUACAUUGGUUUGCUGGACCUGUGCCGAACAUUGGAAGAGGCGAUGGAGAUGGGAUAGAUCUGGACACGCGGAACGGCAGUGGGGAAAAGGGUGGAGUAAAAGGUGCAUCGGGAGCCUAAUUACGGUGGGGUGCAUGGAUAUAACACGCGUAGUCAUCAUUGUUCAUCCAACUAGGUGGAUUACUGGCUCAUCGUUAGCCGUACGGCACCUUCAUGCCGUGUUUGCUCAAAUGAGAUUAAACCUAAUGCUAACCGCACGACAUAAAUGUGACGACGGCUACUGUAAACAUUCAUAGCGCGGAUACCGUCUCCCAGGCCACAGGCAAUGA